AGAGAGAAACAGAGAGAGGGGAACGGGUGUACAAGUUAUCUGAGCGCGGAGUUCCCACAAAUCACUUUGUGAACAGCAAGCUCUGACAGGCAGCGGCAGAGAGCGGAGACAAAGAGAAGGUGUGAGAGGGGAGCUGUGUCAGAGGAGAAUCCGAGGGAGAAGGUGUGAAGGAGCGGUAGAGGGCAGAAACGAGGUGACACCAGUGGAUGGAUAAGAGGAAAAGCUGCGAUCCAGUUCCCUAAACAGGGCUGUUCCUCCUGCUACUGCCGGGGUUGGCUGCUACUGGGUCUGGAUGGUGCUCUGUUGUAAAGAGAAGGUGUGUCUGAUUUCUGAAAGAAAACUUUUCCACAAGGACAGGGUCGCCUUGAGGGUGACACUCUAAACGUCCGAUAGCAGGCCUGCUUGCACUAAUGUUGUCUCUGAAGUAGGCAGAUGAUCCUUCUGCGUUAUCAUGAUAGGAACACGGCAGAUAGGGGAGAAGCUGCUCUGGCAUUGAGUCGGAGGCGUUGAAAGCUGGUUUUAACUCAGCUUUGUGCCGAUCACAUGCUGUUAUCUGUGAAAAGAGGUAGUCAGAGCUAAGUGCAAUCUAUGUUUGUCACAUGUUUUUAUUUGCUGGUGUGUGAAGAACUCUGGGACUAUUGCAAAGUGAAAUAGGAAAACGUACCACUUCAGGGUUCAGCUGCAUAUUUCUCUCUUUAAACAAAUACUUCUGAGAAUCAAAUCCAUCUAGAAUAGUCUGAACUGGUGGGCGAAGAGAUUCCGCUCUUCAAGCAGCAACGAAAGCCCGUGACAGGUUCGUAGCCUUCAGGCGCAGAAAGUGAGUAAGUCGGAGUCUGCCAGCACCCGUCAUCAUUUUUUUUUUGCUUAUUGGGCUGCAGCUCCGUUCGCAUUUGCUCCACUUGCCUCCGGGGACAUGUAAUAAGAGACUGCUUACUGAGCAACAGUGCAGGGCUGACACGUGGAGCGGCGUAAACUUGCUCUGAGCAAGACAGGAUUACGCUAAAUAUUGCAGGUGGAGGACUGAGAGUCACAAGCUGGGUUGCGAGUGCAGACGCAGGACCGUUGGCCCGUCGGAUUGUUUCUGACUGAUGGGUGUUGCAGAAGUCAUGCCAGGGUUUGGAGAGCUCUCAAUGCGUGGAUGAGCUUUAUUUAGCUUUUGACAGCUCUUACUUCCCAGUGUGGGCCAUCAUUGGGUUACCUCGGUGGCUGAGUCAGAGGCUGGCCUAACGCUCGCCGUCCGCCUGCCCACCCCGAUCCUCUCUACCUGCUUCUAUGCAAACAGGACUCUUAGGUGGUUUUCACGGCAGCGGGGACAGCUGCGGCACUUUCUGGACUCUCCACACUGCUGUAAUUGUUGUGUUGUGUGUAAACACCUUGCGUCAGUCUCACCUCUCCUCGGAGUGAUUCACUACUCCCAAAGCAUCCUCGACCAGGAGGCAGGCGGCGAAAGAGAAAAAGGUGAGACGGGAUUUACUCAGCAGCAGAAGGGGUUGAGCUGCGAACCUGUCACGAUGAAGCUGGGAUUCUUGGUGGUGAUGGUCCUGCACAUGCUGGAGAACGUGUCAAGUAUGUCCACUUGUAAGACUUUGGACUUGGAGAUAGUGAGGCAAAAGCGUAUAGAGGCUAUUAGGAGCCAGAUCCUCAGCAAGCUGCGUCUGCCUAAAGCUCCUGAGCCGGAAGAAGCAGGAGAAAAGGAGGACAUCCCCAACACCUUGCUGUCCCUCUAUAACAGCACCAAGGACAUGCUGGAGGAGCAAGAGGUCAAAGUCCAGAGUAACAUCUCCCCAGAGCAGGAGGAGGAGGAGUACUUUGCCAAAGUGCUGAACAAGUUCAACAUGACCAGCAACAUGACCUCAGAAAGGACCAAAACAAUGUCCUUCAACAUCGCUGAGAUACGGAACAGCGUGGGCGAUUUCCACCUGCUGACGAGUGCGGAGCUACGGAUGCUCGUCAAGACCACCUCGAUACCCGACGAGCAGCGCGUGGAGCUGUACUACAGCUCGGGAGCCUCGACCCGCUACCACGCCUCCCGCUUCGUCACCAAUGCAAUGAAAGGCAAGUGGCUGUCCUUCGACGUCACCGAACCCCUGCAGGAGUGGCUCAAAGACAAAGAGGAUGAGCAGAAGUUCGAACUGCGCGUGUUCUGCGAAUGUGAGCAGGCGGUAUCCAGCCAGUUCACCUUCACCAUCUCGGGGAUCGGGAAGAAACGAGGAGACACGGCAUCCAUGGAAUCGAUGGUGGAGCAACCGCCGUACAUCCUGACCAUGUCCAUCCCUAAGAACAUGAGCAGCCCCCAAACGUCACGCAGGAAACGCUCCACCAGCGGACCAGAAACCUGCACAGCCCAAACGGAGAACUGCUGCGUGCGGAGCCUGUACAUCGACUUCAGGAAAGAUCUGGGCUGGAAGUGGAUACACAAGCCCACAGGCUACCACGCUAACUACUGCAUGGGGUCCUGCACAUACAUCUGGAACGCUGAAAAUAAAUACUCUCAGAUUUUGGCUCUGUAUAAACAUCACAACCCAGGAGCGUCCGCCCAGCCGUGCUGCGUUCCCCAGACACUGGACCCGCUGCCAAUCCUCUACUACGUGGGAAGGCAACACAGGGUGGACCAGCUGUCCAACAUGGUAGUUAAGUCCUGCAAGUGUAGCUAAAAAUACACCAUGGCACACGGCUCUGGGUGUUCUGGAAGCAAAACAACAAUGGAGGAGGCUGCUUUUGAAACCACAGGAAGGACAAUGUGAUCGUUUGAAGUGGAUCUCCAGCUUUUUCUUCUACAAGAUCUUUGACCACACCGGAUUCUCAUGAAACGUUGGACGUCUUUGCAUUAAAAUCAUCCAUAUUUUUAUGUAUGUAUAUAU